UGUUUUUAAUUUUGCUGCGGCCUAAACAAGUUUGAUAAAUAAAAGAAAGUAAGGUGAAUAGUGGAUGUGGUUGGAUCCAGCGAUGGGCGACGUAUAAAUACAAGAAGAGAACGCAGGCUGCAAGCAUGCAUGCUCUCUCUCCUGCCCUUUCUGAUCUGUGUGUGUGUGAGUGUAGUUGUUGUGUAAGUACCAAAUGGCUUGCUUGGACUCGUACAAGAGCCCAGAUCAGAAGGGACACUACCCGCCGAUGAGCCCAAGACUGUCCUUUUCCAAUGACUUCGUCGAAUCCCAUCACUCCACCAACACCAACACCCAUAUUAGUCAACAUCAAAACAUCCCUCCAAAUAUUUCGGUCUCCGACGACUUCGAAUUCUCUGCACUCACCAAUCCCAGUAAUCACACAAUGACCGCCGCCGACGAACUCUUCUUCAAGGGGAAAUUGUUGCCCACUCUCAGAGAUGAGCUUCUCCUUCAGGACGACGACGACGACGACGCUAUUGUAGUGCCGUCGUUCGUGCCCCCGAAAGGCCUACCAAAAUGGAAAGAGUUUCUCAGCCUCAAGAGAUCGGUUGUUGAUGGGCGCUGCACGGGCACGGGCACGGGCACCGACAACGACAACAAUCAAGGCAAAAUGCCCAAGUUGGCCCUCCAUGAUAAGUCGUCGCAUCUUGACAUGACUUUGUAGAUCGAUCAGAAACUUAACUGGAACUGUGCACCUUUUUCCUUUUGUUGUUUAUGGUUCUUAUGAUGGUGUUGGUAUAUCAGCUGGGCUGUUUCUGUACAAAUUUGUUGAAUGUUUGUUUGCAAUUAAUCGUUCGAUGUCUAUAGUGUUCUUGGCCCAUAUUCGUUAUUUUACUGCAUGAAUGCUUUUGUGUGGCGCUUUGUUUCUUCCAUCCCCUACUCACUUGAGGAAAAUAUUUGGAUCUA